GGACGACGUGCUCGUCCUCCACAGACAGUGGAGCUGCCCGCUGCCCGACGGCACGGCGUCCACUGGGACAGUCAAGAGGGAGAGCAGCUGCGCGUCGGGCUCGUCUGGGGCGCCCGCGGGCGUCGCGACCGCGCCGCGGGUGCACCGGCACAGGAGCCUAUCCGACCUGCAGCCCCCGCUGUGUGUGGUCAGGCACAGGGGCCCCGCGGUGACGGUGCUUGCCUGCCCGCGGGCGGCCUCGGGCGCGGCGCCCGCGCCGCGGUCGCCGGCCCGGCACUGCCUCUCGGAUUCUGAGGCUCUCAAGAGGGAGCCGAGGGGCCCGCCGCGACGACGAGCGGCCGCUGCGGCGGGGCCUGGAGGUGGACGCGAGGCGGCUGCGGCCCGCCACCCUGGCGCCCCCCCUGCCAGGCAGGUGGAGGAUGGGCUGGGGCGGACGCCCGGGCGCGGCGACGGCAGGGCGCGGCGACAGCAGAGG